CGAACUGAACGUCUCACAAUCAGUAACACAUCGCAACACAUUCAAGUGCAUUUAUUAUUCGCAUUGUUGUGCUUUCCUGUCGUUCAUUUCAAUUUAUUAAGUAUCGUGUAUCUUCAAGCAGAUGGAAAUCUGUAUCGAUUCCGUGAUGUCAGGGAGACAUGCGAUCACAGGUGGUGCAACGAGAUUGGAAGUUUGCUCUGUGAUCAUAGAGGGUGGCUUAACACCCUCUGUUGGCUUUUUCCAAUUUGUUUCACGCAUGUCACUGAUACCAUGCUACGCUAUGCUUCGAGCACGUCCUGGAAACUUUAUAUAUACGAAAAACGAAAUAGAAAUUAUGUUAUCGGAUUUAAAAGCAUUGAAAAAAAGCGAUGCUGACGGUUUCUCUUUUGGCGCACUGACGCCAGACGGCGAUAUUGACAUAGAAGCUUGUAGAUUGGUUCUUGCUGCUGCUUCCCCAUUGCCAGUAAACUUUCAUCGAGCCUUCGACCAAGUCCGUGAUCCAAUAAGAUCGUUGCGAAUCUUGAUAGAUCUUGGUUUUAAAAGAGUUAUGACUUCUGGUCAUAAAAACACUGCCGAGGAGGGAUUAAAAUUAAUAAAGAAGCUCGUUGACGAAGCGAAAGAUAAAAUCAUUGUGGUGGCAGCUUCUGGUAUUACUAAAGAUAAUAUAUUGAAGAUACAUUCAGAAUCUGGAGUGAAAGAGUUUCACUCAUCUGCUUCGCGAAAGAUGGAAAUUGAGCGUAAUAAAGUUAAAGUUGGCUUUAGUGAAAGUAAUUAUGUCAUGGCGACUGAUAAGAAAUUAGUUCAAACAAUGGUUGAUGCUUAUCCAGUCCCUGAGGAACCGCGUCAUACUUUAUUACCUAAACUUACCUAAUAACAGAAUUUAGUUUCGUAAACAAACGCGAGAAGAACAAAUUUCGAAUUAUUUGUACAUGAACCUUAAUUUCAAUAAAAACUAUUAUAACUGAAA